CGCAGUUUUCGUGUUCGCGCGACGUUUCAUCCUCGCAACUAGUUUUCCGCGUUAUCGCAGCCUUUUUUUUUGUGCCCUUCCUCUUACUAUUUCUUCUUGUCUGUCGCUUGUCAUUUGUUUUUCGUGUGGUACGCGAUUCGCGCGGCGUGUGCGCUCGUGCCCGGCUUGCUAGUUUCCAGUGUGUAACACGAGCUCAGUGUGAAACGGCUGACGUCGCUCGUCACGGCAUUUUUUUUUAAGCGUCACGCGGGUGAACCGGAAGAAAGAGGCUCGAUCUCGCCGGAAGUUGCCGAAGCUGCCGGCCAGCGUGAUCCGCAGACCGAUUCGCGACGCGCCAUCUCCUAACCUCUAAAAGCGUUUUCGCCAACCGUUCUCUGUGACAACCGAACCAAGCAGCGGCUGCGUCCUCCUGCUCUCAUCCGUGUGACGUUGUCUUCGAUUCGAUAUUCACGCGGCGUUCGCGCGUUCGUUCACUUCACUUGCCGCGUAGUGCGUGCGCGGAAAUCAUCGAUAUCUGUUUUUCCAAGUGACACACCAUCACCGAUUGCCGGUAUAAUAUUCGCGGGCGUCGCAACGGAUCGUGAAACAAAAGAGAUAAGGAAAUAUAUUCUAACCUGUGCCUCUCGUUUGUGUGCUUUGUGCCAAGGAUAUUCACGUGUGUGUACGAUAAUUACAACAUCGCCGAUCUUUCUCAGGGAGCACUACGUUUUUUCCUUUGGAUACGAUCUUCCUUCGCCUGUGGACCACGUCCUACCGUUCCCACGGUAGGUCUAGUAAGCAAUAAAUUGAUUUGUGUUCUGUGCACGAAGGGAAAGUACGUGCGAAGAUUCUAGACAGUAUGAUGAUGGCAAACAUAUCCCCCGUUAUGCUGCCACCCCUUACCGACUAUGGGAUGCUGACUCCUACCCUCGGAAUAAAGAGGGGUAGCGACGAGCUUUUGUCGCAAAGCGGAGCAGUUAGCAAUGGUGCUGCAAUGAGUCCACAACCACAUCACGCGGCCGAUAACAACAAUGACGCCAAGAAGGUUAAACUCGACAAGAGCCACAACGGCAAACUUUCGAGGGUUAUCCACAUCAGAAACAUCCCCAACGAAGUAUCGGAGGGUGAAAUCAUCCAUCUUGGCAUCCCCUUCGGCCGUGUCACAAACGUGCUCGUUCUCAAAGGGAAAAAUCAGGCGUUCCUGGAAAUGGCGGAUGAAAAUGCUGCAGCGACGAUGGUAAAUUAUUAUGCCUCGUGCAUGGCCCAGCUCCGUGGCAGAGCGGUCUACGUUCAAUUCAGUAACCAUCGUGAACUCAAAACGGAUCAAACGCACACCAACAAUGCGAACUCGAACAACCAAGUCGCGCUUCCUGGACAGAAUCAGGUGGCUCAGACACAAGCAGAGACCCAAGGGGGGCCCAAUACCGUUCUCAGAGUCAUCGUCGAGCAGAUGGUUUACCCAAUUUCCUUAGACGUGCUCUAUCAGAUAUUCACACGUUUUGGCAAGGUCCUGAAAAUCGUCACUUUCACGAAGAACAAUACUUUCCAGGCACUAAUACAAUACGCCGACAUGCUGUCAGCGCAAACCGCCAAACUCUCGCUGGAAGGUCAAAACAUAUAUAAUUCCUGUUGCACGUUGCGCAUCGACUACAGCAAGAUGCAGAACUUGAACGUGAAGUACAACAACGACAAGUCGAGGGAUUAUACCAACCCGUCUUUGCCAACUGGAGACGCGAAUUUGGACGCGGCAUCUCUUGCCUUGGGCGGCGAACUUCUUCCACAGUUGUUGAUGGGCGCUGGAUCGCAGCCUCGCGCAAGAAUACCCGUAGAGUCCAUUGCAGGGGCACCGGGUGUGCUGCCCACGCCCUUUGCGGCCAUGCACGGUCUACCCUCGCCCUUAGCAGGCCCGUACAACGGGGUUCCACCUGCCGGCGGAUUGGCUGGCCUCGGUGGGUUCCCUUUGGGUGCAGCUGGCCUUGGGGUGCGCGUCCCCACUAAUGCGCAAACCUCCGCUGUCCUGCUCGUCAGUAAUCUCAACGAAGAGAUGGUCACGCCUGACGCUCUCUUUACCCUGUUUGGCGUUUACGGGGAUGUACAGCGUGUGAAGAUUCUCUACAACAAGAAGGACUCGGCACUGAUUCAGAUGGCCGAACCGCAUCAGGCGCACUUAGCACUGACGCACAUGGACAAAUUGCGAGUAUUUGGCAAGCAGAUCAAGGUAAUGCUCAGCAAGCACCAGACGGUUCAGUUACCGAAGGAGGGCCAACCAGACGCUGGAUUGACGAAAGAUUACACCAAUAGUCCUCUUCAUCGGUUCAAGAAACCAGGCUCGAAGAAUUAUCAGAACAUUUAUCCACCAAGUUCCACUCUGCAUUUAUCAAAUAUUCCAACAACUGUGACCGAAGAGGAGAUCAGGGAUGCAUUCACCAAAAAUGGCUUCACCGUGAAGGCAUUCAAGUUCUUCCCGAAAGACAGAAAGAUGGCGCUUAUACAGAUGCCAAGCAUGGACGAUGCUGUAGCUGCUUUGAUCAAAAUGCACAAUUACCAGUUAAGCGAGUCCAAUCACCUCAGAGUGUCAUUCUCGAAGAGCAACAUCUAACAAGAAUCACAAUUAAGCAACCUGCAGAAACCGCGAUCAAUGAGAAGGGGACCCAAGGUGAUCCAAAAUUUUAAGUGAAACUCCCAAUGUUAAAAGCGUUGAAAAAACCUGUUAAAAACCAAAAACCUGUGCGGACCAAGGAAAUUCGGGGUCUGGUUCGAGCCACGCAGUAGACAAGGCUUAGUGUCUACAGAGGUUAUUAGGAGUAAAUAAUUAAACAAGGGACACGAUGCUACGUAUUGCUCGGAAGAAGGCCUUUGAAAUGGAAUGCGGGUUUCAUUGGUUAUCUUCUCAUAGACCAAAUACAAUCAUAAAAAUAGGGAUACGUAUUGGGCCAAAAAAGUCUGACACCUUACUUCUACUUACAAAUAAGAUCUUAUAGCAUUGCGUUUAUAGGGGCGAGGAAAGGCAAACAAACAAAAGGGCACUUCCUUUUAUCACCAAAAGACUUUUUCCCGGCAACACGUGGUAUCUGUACUUUCACAUAAUUGCAAACACCCACGCAAACACGGACAAACCAUCGCACACUAUGUUAUACACCCUGCAUUACAUCUUCAGACAUCCUCAAACACAGUGAAACACACUCAAGCAAAACUUCAAUAUAAUACAUAAUAUAUAUAUUUGAUAUAUCGCAAUGUAACAGGUGUGUCCAAAAGUGCGCAGCGGCUACAUCCCAAUAAUCUAUAUUUUAUUAAUAACUGAUAAGGACUUAGGAUUAUCGACGUUAACGGUUUAUGGUAAUCGAGAGCUAGCAGAGAGAGAAAAAAAAAAAAAAUUAAUCUAUUACGAAUCUAACGUCGUGACACACGCGGUACAUAUACAUAUAUAUAUAUAUAUAAAUAUUAUAUAAAUUAGAGACACGAUGAUCUGAGCACGACGAACCGAAAGAACGAAAGAGAAAGAGAGAUAGAGAACUCGUGAACACGAGAGAGACAGAGUGAAUGCGAAGCGAGCGAAUGAACACAAUCCAGGGAAUAUCCGAGAGAUAAGUAUGAUGAUAAUAUGUAUGUGUGUAAUCCUCCUGUUGAAAGUUCAGGAUAACGUAGUACGGUGGUUUGUAUGCCUAAUCGGGGCCUUAGGCGUCGUUCACACCAGAAUUCAAGGGAACCAGCUGUUUGUUCGAUUAUUCUUCGCCCAUAAAAAAAAAAAAAAAAAAAAAAAAGGAGAGAAUGAUAGGGGAAGAAAGGGACGAUAUUUCACGCUAUUCGAGCAAGCUUUUCUCCACGAUGGCUGUUUACACGAAUUAAAUAAAUGAAAUGAUGAAAAGAGGAUCACUAUAACCAAUUUAGCAAGAAGAAAUAGAGAAUCGUUGAAGAGACGUUGGACCGAUUCGAAAGUAUGUUUAUAUCUCGAGUGAUCUUCUUCUGCAUCUCUUCUCCUCUUCUAUGAUUUUUAAAAAAAAAAUUUCUCUGUCGACAACAUAUCAUUGUGCUUUUCCUUCGAAAAGACACACAUCGUGCUUUGGGCAUCGAUCCAACGUUUUCUCUUUUUUUUUUUUUUCUUUUUUUUUUUUUUUUUCUCUCUCGUUUUCCAAGAGGUAUAGUGAUGCCUCGAAUUAGAUUUCGAUCAGGAUAGCGAUUUGGUGUGCCUGUUGAGUGAUUCUGUAAUCUUCUUGCCUGCUUUUCUCUUCCACGGUCGCUGUAAUUGACGUUAAAAAAAGGCUCGUCAGGGAAGAAACGUGAUAGAAUAUCGGUUUUCCGGACAAAAAUAUCGGUUAACCGGGCUUCUAUCUAUCCGGUUAUAUCGUUAAUUGAUCGUUACGAUACGUAACGUCGAAUAAUAAUAAUUGCCAAAACGCGACGAAAAAGAAAAAGAAAGAUAAAAAUAGAAAAACAAAAAAAAAAGAGAGAGAGAAGAAUAUUAAAGAGCGCAUGAAAGUAGCACACAGCUGUAGGGAAGAGAAAGCGGAAAACUGAGCCUAAUUAAUUAAAACGCGAAGAGUUUCUCGACGACCCCAUCGAAUUUCGAAAAAAAGAAAAAAAAAAAAAGAAUAGAAAAAAAAAACGAAAAAAAAAAAAAAAGAAAAUAGAGAGAAAGUAACGAUCUCGAUGAUCCUUGCUUUGGGAGAGGAGCGUUCAGUCGCGAGACACAGAGCAUUAAAGAAUUAUCUAAGGUUAGCUGUUAAGUGGACGAAACAAAAAAAGAAAAAGAUUUAAAAAGAAUAAAAAACAAAGCGUGACACAACAUACGACACAGACAUGACAAAAUACAAGGAAACAAACGCAUACAUGCAAAAAAAAAACAUUUACAUUUAAACGUUCACAGUGUACACACGACUUAGCGUGUUAGACUCGUGUAGUAGUCCCCUUAUCCCCUACCCCCCUUUCUAAUUAAGCCUCCAGAUCUUAACGAGUACUAUAAUGUAUAGUUGAACUCGACAAUCACUCGACUCUCUGUAUUGAUAAUUCUCGAGGGGAGGAAACAAAAGAAGAUAAGGAGUAAAAAAGAAAAAAGAAGGAAAGAUAGAAAGGAAAAGCAAGAGUGGAAAGGAAAAAUGAAAGAAUAAAAAAAAAAGAAAAAAAAAAAAAAAAAAAAANAAAAAAAAAAAAAAAAAAAAAGGGUAUCCCUGAGCCGUUGGAAAAUGCUGCUACUAUUCUUGAGAAAAUUGUUAUUUCAAGUAUCUGCUGGGAUUUUUUCGAGUUCACUAUCUAUUUCUACUUCUUUUUUCCUUCUUCGAGCAUUCUUCUCGCCUUUCUCAACGUCACUUUAUAGGAAAGUGGGAAUUCUCUUUCGUUGCGCCACUUUUUUACGUUCCUUUCUGUGAGAGUUUCUCUUUUGAAUUUGACCCUUUUUUCCUUAUUUUGUUAGAAGUUCUUCCAAUCUUUCUACAAUUGUCAAUUGAGAAUGGAAAAUAGUAUUGUACGAUCAGACCUUAAGUCAAUAAAAAGAAGAAUUUUUCUGAAUGGAAAUGAGCGAAUGUAACGAAAUGUUAAGCUAAUAAUAGAAUGCGUUUUAUAUAUAUAUAUAUAUAUUAAAAAAAAAAAGAAAGAAAGAAAAAAAAAGAAAAAAAAAAGAACAAAAAGCGUGAAAUCUGAGACGUAUGAAUAAUAUUCUCUUCACGUAUAAAAGUUUCAAAAUGAAUGAAUAGAAAAUGAAGAUAAUAGAUAGAUCGUGUAAAAGAUUUUUUCAUGGAAGAUAUAAUCUUUAUACCAUAGUACCACGAAUUUCUGUUUUUUUCAAGAAAGGUGACAAACGAGCUAAGAUUAAUUACUUUCUAAAGGAAAUAAAGAAAAUAAGGAUCGUUACGAUGAAAUCAAAAAUAUACAAAUGAUAUAUUAAAAAUGAAGAAAUUAAAUUCUAAUUCGAUCGGAAGAACUUCUAAUCCUUUCUUAGUGAGAAGAGAAAAGUAAAUUUAAUGAUGAGAAAGAAAUAUAUCGAGUAAAAUCGAUUAAAAAACUUUUCGUUUCGGAACAGAUUGUUAGAAUUGUUAUCAAAAGUAUCACGAGAGAGACGAUCAAGGGAAUCGGAAUCGUGGGCCAGGAAUUGCGUUGCAAGUCACAAUCAGCUCGCGAGACAAAUCAAUUUUUGCUUUUUUGUACACGGAGAUAUACACGUAGUAAGAUACCGCGAUGGAUCAUUCGCGAUUUGUCCGAGCGAGCGCUUUAAAGGUUAAGCUGUUUCAUAGUAAGUUUGUCGUUAGGGGAAAUCGGUUGUGUCACCCAGAAGACCCGGGAUGAUUAGUGAUCGAUGUCCACUGGACGAGGCAGAGGCAAACCAGAGACUCGUUUUCUCGUCGAUCGAUCGUCGUCGAAUCGAAUGUGUCGCUUUUUUUUUUUUUUUUUUUUUUUUGUAAAAAUCGAUUUUUUUUUAUUCCUUUUUAACUCCUCUUAUCUCUAACUUUUUAUUCGACGUAUUAUUAUUCGAACCUCCUAAGAAUUGAUCCAACUCUUGUGUCCGUAAACACCACAGAAGUAGAUUUUUUUAACGGUCACGGAAUAUCUGUCUUUUUUAGACGUCCGUUUUUUUCUGGAAACUGCAAACGAACUUUGAAAACAAUGGAUCGUUUUUCGAGAUUUGAAAGAUUGAAAUUUUUCGAUGAUCGAUCAGGUAUGGAAAUGGAAGUUUGAGUAAUUAAUUACAGUGCUGGUUACAGAAAGACCCGUUCCAGAUAUUAUUUUACAAAGAAUAUGAUUUUUAAACUGAAAAUAAAAAUUUAGCUUUUUAAUCGGGUUAAUAAUUUUUUUGUUUUGUUUUAUCAAUUUUAUUUGACUCGGUGGAAAAAUUGAAAAAAAUUGAAAUUUUAUUUUUGUUAUAUUCGGUAAAAUGUUUUUAAAUAUAGAUUUUCAUGAAGAGAAACAACGUUUUAGUCUUUCAUUCUCUUUCAUCGUGUUAAAGAAGUAAUGAAAAAAAAUAAUUGUAUUACGCUACAAAUUUCUGUAUCUCCCAUUCGAAAUUUUCGAAAAGAUCUGGAAGGGUCUCGAAACUCAAGAAAAUUCACUUUCCAUCUCGAGUCGAAUAAAUUCCCAAACGCGUAAACUAUUUAAAAAAAAAAAAAAAAAAAAAAAGAGGAAAAGUAAUAUAAAUCCAAAUUUAUAUUUAACGAGAUUGAACAACUCACGACAAUCAUUUUAUAUUUAAAACUUAGACUUUCAGAGCCUUAGAAAACUUUCAGAGGAAACUUCAAGGAACGAGUUAUCCAGCAUUAAUAGCCAAUAAAAACUUUAAUAAAAACUUAGAAUCCUUAGGAAACUGUUAAAAUCCAAACAAAAAAAAAAAAAAAAAAAAAAAAAAGACGAAGCAAGAAGAA